CGACGUUCGUCACUAGCUAAAAAAAUCAACAAACGACGCCGCGCAAAUAUUCGAAAUAUUCUUGUUAAAAUUAAAUAAAAGCAAGGAAAAACUCGAAAAUUAUAGAACCAAAAGAUGAGCAACAAGAGCACGCCCGUGCGCCAGCGCAUCCAGCAGUUCCAGACGCGCGGCACGCACAAAUCGACGCCGGCGUCGGAGAUCAGCGGGCUGCGCAAGAAGGUGCUGAUGACGCGAUCGGAGGAUCACCGGGAGCAUCUGCUAAAUACGGCGUUUAGCGGGAGUGGAGGAGGAUCUGGGGGCACCCCGCAACCCAAGCCGAAAUCCACCUCCCUCAAUGCCUGCUACACACCAUCCUCGCUCUACAGGAAUACAGCAAAUACCCCGGCAAAAACCAAGACUCCAGGAAAACCCAGCCGACCGAAGGAUCGCGACUCCCUGAUGGGCGACUCCUGCCUCAGCGUCUCCGAGGAGAGCAACAUGAUUGUGGCCGUAAGGGUAAGACCCCUAAACGCUCUGGAAUGCACCCGCGGUCAGGUGACCAAUGUGGUCCAGGUGCACGGAAAUAGCAACGAACUGACCGUUCAGGCGGGCAGCAGUGCGGAUUCCUCAGCCGGUGUGACGCACUUCUUCAGCUACGACCAGGUGUACUACUCCUGCGAUCCCGAGCGCCGGAACUACGCCGGCCAGGCCAAGGUCUUCGAGGGCACAGCUCGUCCUUUAAUCGACACUGCCUUCGAGGGCUACAAUGCGUGUUUAUUUGCCUACGGGCAGACGGGCUCGGGCAAAUCCUACAGCAUGAUGGGCAUCGAGGCGCUGGACGACGCCGCCUUGGACGGUGGGCCACCGCACGACGAGGCGGGCAUCAUUCCGCGCUUCUGCCACGAACUCUUUCGUCGCAUUGAGGCUGUUAAAAGGCAGCAGCAACUGCAGGUUGAGGUGGAGGUCAGCUACUUUGAGAUCUACAACGAGAAGAUUCACGAUUUGCUGAGUGUCCAGCAUGCGGCGGCUGCUGGGGAAUCCACUCCUGUUCAGCAGCAGCAUCACCAGCAGCAGCAGCGACCUGCUUUGAAGGUGCGGGAACACCCCAUCUUUGGACCCUAUGUAGUGGAUCUCAGUGCCCACUCGGUGGACUCGUACUCGGCUUUGCGCAACUGGCUGGCCGUGGGCAACUCCCAGCGAGCCACCGCCUCCACGGCCAUGAACGACAAGAGCUCGCGCUCGCAUUCGAUCUUCAAUAUUGUCCUGAACCUCACCGAUCUGAGCAGCGACGAUGGUCUGUCCUCCGAUACGGAAUCUGGGUCGACAUCCUCCCUCCGGCAGACGCGGCGCAGCAAGAUCAGUUUGGUGGAUCUGGCGGGCAGCGAAAGGAUCAGCGUCUCGGGCUCGAAUGGCGAAAGGAUCCGCGAGGGCGUCAGCAUCAACAAGAGCCUGCUGACGCUGGGAAAAGUUAUUGCUGCUCUGGCCGAUUCCCGCAAGGCAGGCGGAAAUGGACCGCUGGGAUCUGGAACACCCAGCACCUUUGUUCCUUAUCGGGAAAGUGUGCUCACCUGGCUUUUGAGGGAAAAUCUCGGCGGGAACUCGAAGACAGUCAUGUUGGCCACCAUAUCACCGGCUAGCCUUCAUGCGGAUGAGACCCUGGCCACUUUGCGGUACGCCUGCAAGGCGCGUUCCAUUGUCAACCGGGUGAAGGUGAACGAAUCGCCGCACGACAAGAUCAUCCGGGAUCUGCGCGCCGAAGUGGAUCGCUUGAAGUCCCUGAGGAACGAAUAUGAACGCCAGCGACGUUUAUCCGGCAACAAUAGCAAUCCAGUGCCACGUAAGAUCAUUAUCGAGACCUCGGUGGAUGAGACGGAGGUGGAGGCACUGCGUCAGCAGCUGGCCGAACGGGAAAGGGAGCUGAGUCGGGCGCAGAAGUCCUGGAUGGAGAAGCUCAAGGAGGCGGAGGAUCAGCGAAAGUCGGAGCUGCGCGUCCUAAAACGCCGCGGAUUGGCUCUCGAACUAACCGCCGAGCAGAAGCAGGCCUGCCUGGUCAAUCUCACCGCCGAUCCUAUUCUGAGUGGCACCUUAUUCUACCUGCUGCCGCAGGGACUCGUGCGCAUCGGACGUGGUCGUCUGCCAGGAGGAGGUGGUAACUCCCAGCCGGAUAUUGUACUGGAUGGUCCGCUGGUUGCCUUGCAGCACUGCAGCAUCGAGCACGAACGCGGUGGCAAGUUGUUUGUGAUCCCCGGCAGCGAGGAUUUCGAAACGUAUGUGAAUGGCGAACUCCUGCAAGAUCGUCGGCAGUUAUUCCAUGGCGACCGGCUGGUCAUCGGUGGCUCGCACUAUUUCCGCAUCUCCAAUCCGUUCUGCUCGCAAAGGGGGAAGUCUGAACAUCCCGUGGACUUUCAGCUGGCCCACCAGGAGAUCCUGCAGAAGCAGGAGCAGCAAUUGCGCUCGGAAUUGGAGGCGGAAAAGUUGGCUGCCCUUACGCGAAUCGAACAGGAGCGGGCGCAGCAUGCGAGGGACUUUGAGGAGCGGCUGCAGUGCCUCGAACUGGAGCAGUUCAAGUACAAGUGCAACAGCGAGAUGCUGGAGACAGAGCGGCAAGCUUUAGCCCGGCAACAGGAACAUACUCCUCUGAGAAACGAAGAUGCCACAUCGACUCCGGCCCAGAAAUCCACCAUUCUAGAGGACAUCCAACGCAUCAUGCUGAAUCCCUCGGAGGAGAGCCUGCACAAGACGCAGCUGAUGGUCAAGGAGGCCACUCAACGCUGUCGCCAGUUGGAUUUACCAUUGGAAUUCCGGCAAACCCAGACGCCCGAUGAGUUUGGACUGCUGCGCACUGUAAUCCUAAUCUUAGAUAAGCAGCAUGGCUUGAAAGCCGAGUGGCCCACCGCCCGGUUGGGCGUGUGGUUGGAUUUGGUGAGGGAUAAGGCGGAGCAGCAGGAGGCACUGAAUGCUAGGAACAUUUUCCAGAGCGUUGAGGUUGACUGGGAGCCACUGGAUGCGGAUCUCAAUGAGACACUAAGCGACACCCACAACUCCAGUCGCAUUGCUCUGAAUCUGAGUGCCAUGAAGGAUGUGCUGUUGAAUAAGCCGCUGAAAAGACUGCUCAAUGUUUCUAAUUGCAGCAAUACUCCUUCACCCGGCAGCCAACUAAUGCAGUACACCAAGCGCCUGCUGACCUACGAAGCCGAAGAGACGCCGGGUGGCCAGAGUGGCUUCAACACGCUGGUCCAACAGGAGCUGCUGACAAUGCAACGAGCCGCCCAGCGACUGCGGCGGCACUGCGAGAGUGCCCUAAACGAGCGGGAAAACCAACAGGACAACGGCGUACUGGCCGUCAGCCUGCAGGAGGCUCUGGCCCGCAUGGACACCGUGCUCAAUGGGAUGCACACUUCGUUGGCCCGGGCGGAGGCCACUGCGAGUGUCACCUCGCCGACGAAGACACCGAAGGCUGUGCGCUUUCUUAUCGAUUGACGACAAUUAGUUCGCACCUUGGACUAGAUUUUAAGCUGCAAUGUGCUUUGUGUUUGUUUUUAUGUUUUUAAAUAUAUAUAUAUUCUGUAUAUUGGUUUUUAAAAAUAAAAUAUUGAUAGCACCAAC